GUCAUCGACUUGUUGCACCUUGUAUUAGCGUUGGACUUUCUUCUUCAAUUCCUCUCUCUCUCUCUCUCUCUCUCUCUCUCUGCACCUGUUGAUUCCGAGACGUUCUCCGUCAAAAGACUUGUGCUGUAGUGAUAACAAGAAUGUCCGGUUGGAUCUCCUCCAAACUCAAAGUUGCCGAGACUCUCCUCCAGCAGAUUGACCAGCAAGCGGCCGAAUCGCUCCGCAAGAACGAGGCAUCGCGAUCUGAUGAUGAUUUCAGUCCGGCUAUACCUAAGAAACCCGGUGACAUUCUGCCUCCCUUGAAAGACCAGUUGAAGAAAAAGAAGAAAGAAGCUCCAGAGAACAGUGAUUUUGUUGCUAAAUUACGUAAUGAUAAUAAUCUGAAAGUGGAUGGUAAUGAGGUUGGGGGAUCGCAGAAUGUAAACCCUAAAUCUAGUUUAACCGAUAGUGAUUGGACGGAACUGCUUAGCGCUCCUAGUAAGACCAUAAAUGGGAGCAAUGGAGGAGUGCCUAGGGUAUCUGGUUUAUUGAAAGAUGGGAAGAGGCAGAUACGAUCUGGUUCAAAUUUGUUAGCUUUGGAGAGGAAACGGAGCCCGGCUGUUCAAAAUAAGAGUGCCAGGAGAUCUGAUGUUGCAUUGGGAGAUAAAUUGAAUGGUGAUAGCUUGGAUGGCAAUCAACGGAGUGUCAGUUCUGAAUCAACACAAGCAAGUUUUGGAUUGCAAGGUCUUGCUAAAAGUUUGUCAAGUGAAUUGCUUGAUAAGGAUGCAAGUGGGAGUCUUGUGACUGAUGGAAGGAAGAAAGAGUUACCUAUACAAUUGAAUGAUGAAAAUGCGCCUGAAACGCAAUCAGCUUUUAAUCCUGUUCUUGAUUUGAACAUAGAAGUAAAGAAUGAAGAACAGAGCUCCAAUAGCAGCAUCAACAUGGUUCCACACAAUAAAAUCAUUGGAAUGCCAAUAACUUCUUCAUCUGGGAAGAUGGAUUCUCCAAGUGAUGGUGAGUUGAAUAUGGAGACAGAUUCAGAUUCAUCUUCAGACUCUGAGAGUGAAGGUGAAAGGGAGGAGAGAAGGAGGAGGAGGGAGCAACUUCUUGCAGAGAAAGCUGCAGCUAAAGCCAUUGAAGCUAUUAAAGAUCGUGAGAAUCUUGUUGCUAGAUUGGAAGGCGAGAAACAAAGCUUAGAGAAAGCCAUUGAUGAAAGGGCUAAACAGCAAGCGCAGGAGGCUUCACAACUGCAAAUGACAAUGAUGGAGACAAUGGAAGCAGUUGAUUUAGAGAAGCAAAAACAUAAUGAUACAAGAAUGAAAGCACUAAUGAAGUUGGCAAAACUUGAGACUACAAAUGCUGAGCUUGCAAAGGCACUUGCAAGUGCUCAAUGGAGUUUAGAAAUAGAGGUUAAGCGGGUAGCAGAACUUGAUAGACAAAUUGAGUUGAAGGAAGCUACUCAUGAAGAAUUAACAUCAAAGAAGAGAAGUGAUAAGAGUGGAAAUAAAGUGAUAGCAUCAAGGGGAGUUGUAUUUGAACAAGAGAUAUUGGAGGCAGAGCAUGCUUUUGUGACGGAUAAAGUUGGACAACUGCAAGAGAAGGCAAAGACACUUGAAACAAGCAUUGAAGCAACCCGAAAGGAGAUUGAAAAUCCAAGUCAAGUGGAGGUUGAACUCAAGCGGAGACUUGGGCAGCUGACCGAUCAUUUGAUUCAGAAACAAGCUCAGGUUGAGGCGCUGUCAUCCGAGAAGGCGAUGCUAAUGUUUAGGAUCGAGGCGGUUUCAAGGUCAUUAGAGGAGAGCAAAUCAUCUACAAAUCUUCCUCUUCCUCUUCCAACCAAGGAUUUAGAAUCAGGCUUAUUUCAAGACAGGUUCCGAAAGGGGCAAAAACAAAUAGGCUCAUUGGUCCGACAGUUGGACUCCAUAUUUUCCACAGGUGCUACAUUUCUAAGAAGAAAUCCAAUGGCAAGAACAUGCUCUUUCUUUUACCUUUUAUGCCUCCACGUUUGGGUCUUGUAUAUUUUCCGUUCACAUACUCAAGUGCCAUACCACUCCGGAUCCACUGCCGUUAUCUCUUUGGAUAAUAUCACCGGAGUUUGACUUCUCCUAACACCCUAUAUAUAACUCACCUCUUACAUUCUUUGCUUUCGGAAUACUGUCUGUCUGUUAUAGUCUCAUCAAAUCAGUUUAUAUACAAAUCAUAACUAACAUCUUCACAAAUACCAAAACACACAACUUCCAAGUUUUGUCUUCAUUUUAUUAUCAACAAGGCCAAAAUCUGUUGCAACUUACAAAAUUUAUUGUCAUUCAUGUAAAUUGGAGACC